AUGGCUGUCAAACAGAAAGUACUCCUCCUUGGAGCUACUGGUGAGACUGGCACUUCUAUAUUGAAGGGUCUGCAGGAAUCUGGUAACUUCAAUAUUGAAGUCUUGGUGCGACCAACUUCUGCAAAUAAACCAUCGGUUCAGAAGAUUCAAGAGCAAGGCAUCAAGACAUGGUGCAUAGAUCUCAAUGAAUCAACCGAUCUCAUAUCUGCAUUGUCUGGUGUUGAUGUUCUUAUCAGCGCCAUUGGACCUCAGGACGUACUGCAGCAAAAAAAGCUAUUCAAAGCUGCAAAACUGGCAGGUAUCAAGCGAGUAGUUCCAUGCGCUUUUAUCACAGUCGCACCCCCAAACGGCGCUAUGUUGGUUCGUGACGAGAAAGAAGAAGUUUACAACGACAUCAAGUUACUUGGCAUUCCUUAUACUAUUAUUGAUGUCGGGUAUUGGUAUCAAAUCUCAUUUCCCAUCGUUCCUUCCGGAAAAGUGGACUAUGCAUCGGUGAUACCGAACAAUACUAUCCAUGGCGAUGGCACAGCCCCAAAUCUUCUUACCGACCUACGUGAUAUUGGCCGAUUUGUCGCGCGAAUAAUAAGCGAUGAUCGAACUUUGAACAAAUAUGUCUACACAUUUGGGGACAUUCUGACCGAGAAAGAAAUUUAUCGUAUUGCCGAGGAGCUCUCCGGAGAGAAACUCGAAUCGACCCCGAUGUCAACUGAACAAAUCGAAGAUAGCGUUGUACAGGCUAAAGCUGCUUUCUCUCAGGAUCCUCAGGAUCCGAUGAAACGUAUGUUCCUUUAUCUCUCCGAAUACAAGCUUAGCAAGUAUGUACGCAAGGACAACAGGCCUGCUUAUGCAGACUAUCUGGGUUAUCUCAAUGCCAGAAGCCUCUAUCCAGAGUUCACACCCUUGUCUUUUCGAGACUUCUUUGCGGAGGUACUCGAUGGGAAGGGGAGAAAGGUGUACUCUAGUUAA